CCGUCAAGUGGAAUACGCUCAUUCUCAUGGCAAGAUAAAAGAUAUAUAAGUAGUCCUUCUAAUGACAUGAGCUUUUCUUUCCUCACCAUCCUCAUCUCCAAUUCCCCUUCACCACAUUAUUCUUUUUUUCUUAUCUUAUUUGUCACUCGUUAUCACCUUGUAGCAUCUCAUGAUGCGUACCUUUACCGUCUUUACAGCUUUAUCCCUCCAACUAGUAUGGGCUGCUCCACAGUUCAUACAAGGUGAAUGCGACAACUUCACAAUUGGCCAAACCGUGGAGACCAGCAGCGGAAGUGUCACCGGCCAUGCAUCAUCAACCUAUUCAGAGGUAUCGGAGUAUCUUGGAAUCCCCUAUGCGUACCCUCCCGUAGGAGAUCUCAGAUUUGCAGCUCCUGUAAAAUACACUGGGUCUUCAGCGCUGAACGGCUCUACCUACGGUCCUUCGUGUCCUCUCUUGCCAUCUGCAAACGGCACUGCGCCUACAGCCGCCAAUAUUGCAGCUUCAAAUGUCACUGAGGUCGGGCUUGAACUUAUUGAAAUAUUGACCAGCGAGGUUCUCGUGCAUAGCGAGGAUUGCCUGUACAUGAAUGUGUGGUCGAAACCUCAAUCGGGAGAGGAGCUGAAAGCUGUCAUGGUAUUCAUUUAUGGAGGAGCAUUUGACAGUGGAACUUCAUCAAGUCCUCAACUCGACGGUGCUGGUCUUGCAGACAUGGGAGAUGUCGUUGUUGUCUCUUUCAACUAUCGCUUUUCCAUCCUUGGAUUCCCGGGAGAUCCAAACACCCAGCGAAACGUAGCUUUCUUAGAUCAACGUCUUGCCAUGGAGUGGGUCCGAGACAACAUCGCCAACUUCGGUGGGGACACAUCAAGAAUCACGUUAUUCGGGCAAUCUGCCGGUUCCGCAUCUACAGACUACUAUUCUUAUGCCUGGGCCUCGGACCCCAUCGUCACUGGCAUUAUUCUCGAGUCAGGAACAGUCUUCAGCUUUGACCUCCCUUAUGCUUCAAAUGACUCAGCAGCAGUCUGGUACAACGUCUCCACGACUGUUGGAUGCGGGAAUGCUUCAACCGACCCCACAGAGCUCAUGGCUUGCAUGCAAAGCGUCGAACUGGACACUCUCAUGGCAGCGGUCCCCCAAACCGGCCUCUACUCCUUGAUCAGCGCCUUCGGACCAACAGUAGACAACACCCUGGUCUUUGCGAACUACUCCGAGCAGACACCUGCCAGCAUCCCCGUUCUGGAUGGCAGCAAUGACUAUGAGGCAGGCCUAUUCCGCACUGAGCUAGCCAUGUCUGGCGAGUUUCUCCCCGACAUCGACUGGGACUUGUAUAACCUCGCAUCCUUCACCUGUCCUGCUGGAACUCGUGCAAACGCCAGUGUAGCGGCCGGCAAUCCGACCUGGAGAUAUCGCUUCUUCGGCGUAUUCCCAAAUACCAACGUCAGUGCAGAAGGAGGCGCAUACCACGGUGCCGAACUGCCAAUCCUCUUCGGAACUACAUUCUCGCCCCCUAACUCGACAGCUGAGGAGCUCAUCUUUCAGAAGUACUUGAUUGGUGCUUGGACUACGUUUGCAAAGGAUCCAGUCAAUGGUUUGUUGACGUAUGAGGGUGGUUGGCCUCUGUAUGAUCCGAAUGAGGCGACACUUGUUCGUCUUGCGUAUGAUGACAAUUUCACUAGUCCGAAUCUUGCAUUGCCGAUGCAGUAUGAUGUAGAGUGUCCGGAUGUAAGCUUGGCAGCCCUGAUAGCUGCUCUCCUUGGUUGAUUGCUCGUCUCCAUGUCAAUUUUACUACAGUCGACUUCGGAAUCUGAAUUGGGGGCAGAUUGUGGGACUUGAGAUUUCGAUGUUCAAACUUGUAUUAUACAAUAUCAUUUGAUUUAAGGAGUAUGUCUACAGACCAGAGCUAAGGGAAAUUCCUUAAAUUUAUUGUUCAACAAGUUGCAAGUAUUGAUCUUCCUGUAUUUUAGCUCAAAUUGUAGCCGC